UUGCAUCAUGUUCGGAAAGAAAAAGAAAAAGAUUGAAAUAUCUGGUCCAUCCAACUUUGAACACAGGGUUCACACUGGGUUUGAUCCACAAGAACAGAAAUUCACGGGCCUCCCGCAGCAGUGGCACAGCCUGUUAGCAGACACGGCCAACAGGCGGAAGCCCAUGGUAGACCCUUCCUGCAUCACACCCAUCCAGCUGGCUCCUAUGAAGACAAUCGUUAGAGGAAAUAAACCGUGCAAAGAAACCUCCAUCAACGGCCUGCUGGAGGACUUCGACAACAUCUCUGUGACUCGCUCCAACUCCCUAAGGAAAGAAAGCCCGCCCACCCCAGACCAGGGAGCCUCCAGCUACGGUCAAGGCCAUAGGGAAGAAAAUGGCUUCAUCACCUUCUCGCAGUAUUCCAGCGAGUCCGAUACCACUGCUGACUACAGCACUGAGAAGUAUCGAGAAAAGAGUCUCUAUGGUGAUGACCUGGAUCCGUUUUAUAAAGGCAGCCAUGCCGCCAAGCAAAAUGGGCAUGUCACAAAGACCAAACACGGGGAAGCCUACUAUUCUGAGAUGAAGCCUUUGAAAUCCGAUAUUGCCAGAUUUCCUGUUGAUUAUCACACACACUUGGACUCACUGAGUAAACCAAGUGAAUACAAUGAGCUCAAGUGGGAGUACCAGAGAGCCUCAAGCAGUUCCCCUCUAGAUUAUCCAUUCCAAUUCACGCCUUCUAGAACUGCGGGGACCAGCGGGUGUUCCAAGGAGAGUCUGGUGUUCAGCGAAAGCGAGUGGGGACCCAGCCUAGAUGACUAUGAUAGGAGGCCAAAGUCAUCAUACUUGAAUCAGACCAGCCCUCAGCCCACCAUGCGGCAAAGGUCCAGGUCAGGUUCGGGGCUCCAGGAACCAAUGAUGCCCUUCGGAGCAAGUGCAUUUAAAACCCACCCCCAAGGACAUUCGUACAACUCCUACACCUACCCUCGCCUGUCCGAGCCCACAAUGUGCAUUCCAAAGGAGACCUUGCACUUGGACCUCUCUAUUGAAUCCCUCAAGACAUGGCAGCAAGAGAAAACCAGGACAGGUCUUUUCUGCUCCAGCAUGCAGAUCAGGAUCAAUAUUAAGCUCAUGUUUCUCUUCUCAGCAACCUCCAAUGGUUCCCAUCUUACUCAGAGUGACAGCCAGCGCCCUUGCCAUGGUGUGGAUUACGAUCGAGCACAGAUGGUCCUCAGCCCUCCCCUGUCAGGGUCUGACACCUACCCCAGGGGGCCCGCCAAACUACCUCAAAGUCAAAGCAAAGCAGGCUACUCCUCAAGCAGCCACCAGUACCCAUCUGGGUACCACAAAGCCACCCUCUACCACCACCCCUCCCUGCAGACCAGUUCACAGUACAUCUCCACAGCUUCUUAUCUGAGCUCUCUGAGUAUCUCAUCCAGUACCUACCCCCCACCCAGCUGGGGCUCCUCUUCAGACCAGCAGCCCUCCAGGGUGUCCCAUGAACAGUUUCGGGCUGCUCUGCAGCUGGUGGUCAGCCCCGGAGACCCCAGAGAAUACUUGGACAACUUUAUCAAAAUCGGAGAAGGGUCAACUGGCAUUGUGUGCAUCGCAACUGAGAAACACACAGGGAAACAAGUUGCAGUGAAGAAAAUGGACCUCCGCAAGCAACAGAGACGAGAACUGCUCUUUAAUGAGGUUGUGAUAAUGCGGGAUUACCACCAUGACAACGUGGUUGACAUGUAUAACAGCUACCUUGUUGGCGACGAGCUCUGGGUGGUCAUGGAAUUUCUAGAAGGCGGUGCCUUGACAGACAUUGUCACUCAUACCAGAAUGAAUGAAGAACAGAUAGCCACCGUCUGUCUGUCAGUUCUGAGAGCUCUUUCCUACCUUCACAAUCAAGGAGUGAUUCACAGGGACAUAAAGAGUGACUCCAUCCUCCUGACAAGUGAUGGCCGGAUAAAGCUAUCUGACUUUGGUUUCUGUGCUCAAGUUUCUAAAGAGGUGCCGAAGAGGAAAUCACUGGUUGGCACUCCUUACUGGAUGGCACCUGAGGUGAUUUCUAGGCUACCUUAUGGGACAGAGGUGGAUAUCUGGUCCCUCGGGAUCAUGGUGAUAGAAAUGAUUGAUGGCGAGCCCCCCUAUUUCAAUGAGCCCCCCCUCCAGGCAAUGCGGAGGAUUCGGGACAGUUUACCUCCAAGAGUGAAGGACCUACACAAGGUUUCUUCAGUGCUCCGGGGAUUCCUAGACCUGAUGCUGGUGAGGGAACCCUCACAAAGAGCCACAGCCCAGGAACUCCUUGGACAUCCAUUCUUGAAACUGGCAGGCAUCUCUCCACCGACAGCUGGCGUGAUCAUUUGGAACAAGGCUUUAAUAAGUCAUUAUUAUAUUUUUCAGCCCUUCAUCCAGCAAAUCAGAAGGACUCAGUACAAACUCCGUUACGAUAUAUCCUAG